CUCGGCUCCCCAUAGAUCACCGACAUAUUGUUUGUGAGGAGCAAAUUCUGGAAGACAAGGAGAGUGUUGAGAUUACAGCUUUGCCAUUAUCAGUCAAAACGAAGCGUGUAUCUUUAAAGAAAGCACGAUGGAGCCCUCAGCGAGUCCUGCAAAGGAUAAUUUCAGGAUGAACCGCUACAAGAACAAAGCACUCAAUCUGGAGGAGAUGCGUCGUAGAAGAGAAGAGGAAGGCAUUCAGCUGAGGAAACAGAAGCGAGAGCAACAGCUGUUUAAGAGGAGAAAUGUGGAGCUAGGUGAAGAAGUUGGAAUGUUCGACAGUCUGCUCAUGGACUCCUACGUCACAUCCACCACAUCUUCAGAUGGAAUGAUCACAAGAGAUAUGGUUGAAAUGCUCUUCUCAGAAGAUCCUGAACUACAGCUGGUCACAACACAGAGUUUCAGAAAACUGCUCUCCAAAGAACCAAACCCACCUAUUGAUGAGGUGAUAAGCACACCAGGGAUUGUGAACAGAUUUGUCGAGUUCCUUCAAAAAAGUACCAAUUGCACAUUACAGUUUGAGGCUGCUUGGGCGCUGACCAACAUCGCAUCUGGAACAUCACAGCAGACGAAAUUUGUGAUUGAUGCUGGUGCUGUUCCCGUCUUCAUCGAGCUUCUCAACUCUGAUUUUGAAGAUGUAGAGGAGCAGGCUGUUUGGGCUUUGGGGAAUAUUGCGGGAGACAGUGCCGCGUGCAGAGAUUAUGUGCUAAACUGUAAUAUCCUUCCAUCUCUACUAUUGCUGCUGACCAAAUCAACACGUCUUACAAUGACCAGGAAUGCUGUGUGGGCCUUAUCCAACCUCUGCAGGGGCAAAAGUCCACCCCCAGAGUUUGAAAAGGUGUCUCCAUGCCUGCCUGUUCUGUCCCGUCUGUUGUUCAGCAGCGAUCCAGACCUGCUGGCUGAUGCCUGCUGGGCUCUGUCCUAUCUUUCGGAUGGACCCAAUGAGAAAAUCCAGGCAGUUAUUGAUUCUGGGGUCUGCAGGAGGCUGGUGGAACUGCUCAUGCAUUCAGAUUACAAGGUAACCUCUCCUGCUCUGCGUGCUGUUGGGAACAUUGUGACGGGAGAUGACAUUCAGACGCAGGUGGUGUUGAACUGCUCCGCUCUCCCCUGCCUCUUGCACCUGCUCAGCAACGCCAAGGAGUCCAUCAGGAAGGAGGCCUGCUGGACUAUCUCCAACAUCACAGCAGGAAACAGAGCCCAGAUUCAGGCGGUAAUAGAUGCAAACAUCUUCCCCAUCCUGAUAGAAAUCCUACAGAAAGCGGAGUUCCGCACCAGGAAGGAGGCAGCGUGGGCUAUCACUAAUGCCACAUCGGGUGGCACGCCUGAGCAGAUCAGGUAUCUGGUGAAUUUGGCCUGCAUUAAGCCUUUGUGUGAUCUGUUGACUGUGAUGGAUUCUAAGAUCGUGCUGGUGGCUCUGAACGGACUGGAGAACAUUCUCAGACUGGGCGAGCAGGAGGCCAAACAGAAUGGCAGUGGCAUCAACCCUUACUGCAGUCUUAUAGAGGAGGCCUAUGGUUUGGACAAGAUCGAGUUCCUACAGAGUCACGAAAAUCAGGAGAUAUACCAGAAAGCUUUUGACCUCAUUGAGCACUACUUUGGCGUAGAGGAGGAGGAUGCCAGUCUGGCCCCACAGGUGGAUGAGAACCAGCAGCAGUUCCUUUUCCCCCAUCAGGAGGCUCCCAUGGAGGGUUUCCAGCUAUAACCUGCCUUCAGACCCUUCCCGGCCACACCCUUUCAUUUACACCCUUCCCUGCACCUCAUACCGGUACCAAAACAUACGUCUGAAACACUCUGAGCACAACGAUUGACAUCUGGGCAAACCAAAUUAGCGACCGUGACACCGACAGAUUUAUUUAGACACUGAGGUGUGUUUCAGGCAGAGAAACCUUUCCACUGCCUCGUCACAAUCGAGAGAGGUUCAUGAGCUGGAUUUUUUUUUUAUUAAAUUUUUCUUUUCCCUCUUGGUUAUGCAGCUUAAUAACCUUCCCCCUCAGGUAGAAAUUAUGGCACUGUGUCAUUGUUUGGAGGAGGCAUGCUUUAGUUUUCCCCUUUCUCUGAACGAGGAGAGAAUUGUUUACUCAUCCAAUUGAAAUUGGCAACAACAAAAAAAAUCCUGGUCUUCAUACUUUUUUCUUUUGAUCCUGGGUUUGAUUUCAUUAAGUUUUGCAUUGUAGAAUUCCUUCAAUUUGUUAAUAUUUCUUGUCCUGGAAAUUAUACAAACCAAAAAAAUUUGAAAUGCCCAAGCAUUAUAGAUGAAACUCCAAAGUGGUAUCUGGUAUUUCCUUUCUAUAUAUAUUUAUAUAUUUUUUGUUUUGUUUAUUUAAGCAGUUUUCAUAGACUUUCUAUAGCCGUUUCAUUUCUUUUAUUAUUAGUAUUCAUUGACUAUCAUUUCAGACAAUGCUGGGUAUGCAAAUGAUAUAGUUUAGGCAGGGUUUAUUUGAUGUGGUGGAGGGUGAUAUUGAAGUAAUCCAGGUAUUGUAGUACAGGAUUAUCCUAAUAUAAGAAGUAAUUAAUGUAAAAGGGAUAGUUCAACUAAAAAGUGUUAUUCUGUCAUUUACUCACACUCAUCAACAUUAUUCCUAGAACUCAAAAAGAGAUGUCAUAGGACUUUGAUUUGAGGUGAGAGUGAGUAAAUGAUGACCGAAUUCUCAUUUCUGUAAGCUAAUGUGAUUAAUGGGGCCAAGAGAGCCCCUUAAAGAUGAUGCCCAGUUUCCUUUUAUUUUUAUUUUUUUUACCAUUCUGAGGUGAAUAUCUAGUUGUAGACCAUUUAGGGUGUGCAGUGUUAUGAAUAACUGUUCUUUUGAUAUGAAGGCUUUAAUUAUGAAAUGCAAUCUGGGUGAAAUAAGCACAUAUAGGGCUAGGGUGACGCACUUGAAGGUUGGUGUGUGGUCACACCCCGAGAGUCUUUAUUUUGUUUUUCUUUGUCAUUAGUUGGAACAUCACACUAUUGGGUGGUUCUGAUAGCGUUAAGGUGUUUGUUUUGUGUAGCCCUCAGAAUGUGCAUGUUUUAGUUUUGCAUGGUGUUCUACUGGUAUACCAACUAUAAUUUAUUGUAUCCCUUGCCAGAUCUUCUAAACGGCUCAUUGAACUCAUUUGCAAGUAUUCAUAAAGUUUGCGAGGAGUUUAAGAUUUUGUAGUUUUGCAGUUGCCGCAGGUAUGGCAAGGAAUACAAAUUUAAAUAAUGAAUACAAAUAUAUAUAUAUGAAGGUUACAUUUGCACACACAAACCAGCAUACACUUCAUAAAGACGUACACGUACAAAUUCAAGCAUAAAACCAAGGGGGAAAUGACUUCCAUAGUCUCCAAACAUCUCUAUCUUUUCAUUUUUAGACAUUUCAUGUUAUUCUAUUUUUUUGGCACUUUGAGUUAAUGCACUAAAAGCCUAAUUUAAAAUGGUAACCUGCGGAGAAAUAGACCUUUUCCAAACAAACAAGUCUUGAUUAAUUUCCCAAAGGAAACGUUUGAUGUAGGACUGAAUAACAGCUGUGAGUUUUAGACAGAGGGCAUGAAAAAGUUUGAAUAUUAAACUAUACCCCCAGCCUUUUAAGAAAUUUACUGUAGUUUCUGUCUUGGAUGAAAUAUAAACUGUGGGUAAACUUUUCAUGCCAUUAUGGAAGCAUUGUUACCUCUACCUCCAUAAUACACUGACUGGGUGCUUUUCCAAAUGAAUACUAGGGGUUAUUUGGUUUGGGAUGAGGCCUGUAUCUAUGAAAUCAUAGUUAGACAUUGACAGACAGAUGAUGUUUGUGGGGAAGGAAAGAGAUUAGUUGUUUGCUCCCAUCAUCUGAUCUUUAGAGGAGCGGCUUUCUGGUUUUGAUGCAGUUCUUUGUACUAUAUUUUGAUUAUUAUUAAAUUGGAUUAAAAUGAUUGUUCUUCGAUAAGAUGCCAAUCCAUGGUGAUUCAUAGUCAGACUGCAGCUUUCCAUACUUGUUUUGUUUGAUCACAACUUGGUUCUGAAAAUACCUCUCUACAUUGUUAUAAUAUCUGAUGUAUUUCACACAGGGGUUUUAAUAGGUUAAAACCCUGGUUCUGUGUAAUAAUAGAUUAUAUUUGCUGCAUUUACAGGAAAUCCAUCUCCGCACAAGGAUGGUGCAGUUCAGCUUUCCAUAUACAUCAGAUAAAUAGGAUGAAUAAGACUUGAGAUUGCAGGCAAAAAUAAAAUAGAAAAAAUGCUUAUCAAAUAUAUGGAAGGGUCUAUAAGACCACUGUGUGAGUUCAUAUCAAGUUGAUAAAAACAAAUAAAAAAAAUAACUAAAUGGAAAUGCACUCCUAUUCACAAAAGUGCCAAUCAGACCAACAAAGACAAAAGGCUGAUUUGUAUCAAUCUGUCUUUGAUUUUUGUUUGUUUUAUUUUUGUUUUUUUAUUUACUUGAAUGUGCACAUUUUGUGCAAAUAUUGCUGCUCUUUUCUUAUCUUUUAAAUUAGAGGUUACAUUGUCUGCCACAGUUUCAUUAGAAAUGAUUGGUCUGCUAUUUGUACGCCAAAUUGGUUAACUCAAGAUAAAUGCAUAAAAAUUAAAAUGCAUAAUUUAUUGUGCUGGACUGAUCCAUACUGUUAAACCAAUUCCAAUGCAAUGUUCAAAUACUGUUUCAGUGUGUAAUGUUUGCUUAGCUUGUGUUCCCUUUUGGAAAUAGUUCUACUGGCACAGAGGAACAUUGAAGGAGAAACUCCAUACAUUUGUUUUCCUUGCCCUUGUUGAAAUCUUUGUGUGUUAGCUGGCUAUGUAGACCCAACUGUGUUGUCCCAUGUCUGACUUCCCUUUGCGACUAAUCUUAACACAAGAUCAGUAGUUGGACAAAAAGCGUUUCUCAGUUCAGGCCUUCUUGGCCGACUAUUGUUCUCAUUUAAGGACAUUGCUUUAAGAAGCCAAAAGAUUUUUCAAAAACAAAUCUGAGUGUUCUACAAUCGACUUGUCUCUGUGAAUUACAUUUAAACAAGAAGUUCAAUGACUACAUUGUUACAUUCGCACAAUUUAAAGUUGCAGUCCUGACAUUGUUCUUUACUCAUUAAAAAUAACUUCUGAGAAGUGCAGAAAGCGAUACAAUAAGGCUGCAAGUAAUCAAAAUUGGGUCUUUAUGGUCUUCCGUCCUAGAUCUUGUAGAUGUUGAAAAUGAAAUCUUGAGACUUUUUGUCUCAUCCCAACCUGAAGCCAAUGCAUAAGACUUGGCUGUGUUAAUAAUGCUGACUCACCUAUGUUUACAAAGCUACAUGUUUAAGUACUUUUCAUACAUAAUAUUGAGACUUCCACAGGUGAAUCCUGGUUCUCUCAUUUCUUUCUAUUUAACUGUAUUUAUAUUUAAAUGCCCCCCCCCCCAACCCCCAAUUGCCCAUCUUAUACUGUGACUGACUUGACUCUACCGACCAUAUGAAUGAGCGACGGACACACAGACUGAACAUGUCACACAAACUUAUACAUUAACAAUUCUGAACAAAUGUUUAAGUAUUUUUGUCCAGAUACAAAUAAAAUU